AUGGCAAGUGAACGAUGGAAAGACGAUGUUACAUAUGCGAUAACCCCUUUUAAAUUGGUUGCGUGGUCCAUUGGUAUCUGGCCACUUCAAGUCCUCUUGAUUAUCUUACCUUGUUUCGAGAUUUAUUUGGGUUGCACUGACGCAGAAACAAGCAUAGAUUGUCUCAUGUUAAUCUUUUGCGGAAUACUUGGUGUGUUAAAGAUAAUAUGGUUUCGCAUUUACGCAAGAAAUUUGGCUAACAAUUAUAGCUCUGCCAUGAAGGAUUAUGUAACAAUUGAAAAUGCAAAAGAACGUGCCAUCAUGAGGAAACAUGCUUUUAUGGGAAGGACUCUGUGCUGUUUAAUUUUGGGCUUUGCUUAUUUUAGUUCUAUAAUGUAUGGACUAAUCGCUAUUUUAGAUGAAUAUAAGCAUGUCAAUAUAACGAACGAAGAUACCAUGCCAGAGUAUCCAAUACCAUCGAAAUGCUUUAUGAAGUUCUUAAAUGCUCCAAUAAGCAUGCAUAAAAUCUUCUGCCUCGUCGAUGUUGUUGCAUUAAUACUAGCGAGUACUACUAAUCAUGGUAACGACGCUUUGUUUCUGAAUGCUACAUUGCAUGUUUGCGGUCAAGUGAAAAUUCUGAGAGCCAAUUUUCUUAAUUUUGAUAUCAAAGGUCCGCAUAUCUAUAAUCGUUUUAACGUAUUGAUUGAAAGACACAAAUACUUAAUAAAACUGGCCAGAGAACUUGCUGAAAUGAUUAGUUUCGUUUUAUUGAUAGAAUUAUUUCUUAUCAGUAUUCUUUUAUGCAUAAUGGGAUUUCAACUUAUUUUACAAUUAGGUGAAAAUAACGUUGUUUUAAUUACAAAAAAUAUAAUGGUACAAAGUACCUUUCUAACACAAUUAACUUUAUACGGUGUUAUUGGGAAUUAUUUAAGAUCUGAAAUGGAAGAAAUAGGGCUUUCUAUUUAUCGGAGCACUUGGUACAAUUUUCCUGCAAAGCUAACGAGACAUAUGAUAUUUAUUCUUAUGUGUUCAGAUUCCCCCGUCGCUUUGCAAGCUGGAAAUUUUAUCGUGGUAAAUUUGGCAACUUACGUAAGCAUCUUAAAAACAUCUCUUUCGUAUUUAUCUGUACUUCGUGUAAUGGUAAAGACUAUGAUGAUAGUUUAUAUAGGCGUGGAUAUUAAUUUUCACAACAAUAUCACUCUGGUUAUGAUCAUCGAUCACCUCAUGUUAGCGUCAUGCGGGACUUUGACUAUCGUAAAGAUAGCGCUGAUACGGUUGCAUCGCGACAACUUGUUGAAAAACCUCGUCAAUGCAUCAAAUGACUGGACGUAUAUCAUAAAACAGAAUCAUCGGCAAGUUAUGUUCCGCUAUACUAACAUAGGCAGAUUUGUCUUCUUUUUUCAGAUGGGUUCCUCGUAUUUUGUCAUUAUGCCGUUGAUAAUUGAAUCACUUUUAUCCUUUGCAACGAUGCCUUCACGAAACAUAACAUUAAUUGCAAAAUCCGAGAAAGAGAUGCAAGCAAUGCAGCUACCUCAAGAGAUGAUCUGUCCAUUCGAUGCUCAGAUCGUUUGCUUCAGUAUGUGUAUUCUCCAAUCUAUUCAGCUGAUCAGUACAUGCACGGGGAAUGUUGGCAGUGAUGUUUUUCUUUUCGGUGUUUUCAUGCAUCUCUGUGGACAACUGGAAGUGCUCAGUCUAGAAUUACAGCAGUUUCAUGAAAGGAAGAAAAAUGGUUGUUGGAAACGAAGUAAAAUGGUCACGCUGAUCGAGAGACACUGUUUGCUUCUGAAUCUAGCCAAAGACAUCGUUGAUGUACUCAAUAUCAUUUUGAUUGCUCAGCUGAUUCUCCACGCUUUGUUUAUAUGUUUAAUAGGAUUACAAUUUAUUUUAUCGUUGGUAAAUAGUGAUUUUGUUCUUAUCAUGAGAAGUAUAAGCUCUAUUAAUAUAGUAAUGAUACAGCUGUUCAUAUACAGCUAUAUGGGAGAAAUUCUAUCAUCAAAAACGCAAGCAAUUUCUUACGCGAUUUAUUUAAGUAAAUGGUACGACUUGCCUACAAAUAUUUUACGGGAUGUAUGUUUCAUAAUAGCUCGUGCUAAUGUACCCGUUCGUAUAAAAGUAGGCAAAUUCUAUAUUAUGGAUCUUGAUAGUUUCAAAAAUGUGUUGAAAAUUUCCGCUUCUUAUUUUUCUGUAUUACAAAUUAUG